AUGGAUUAUGUUCAUCCAGUGGACGUAAGUAAAGUUAUUCAUGGGAAUGAGUCAUUCUUUACGUUCAUUGAUUUUUUAAGGACGAAGAAAGUGUGUAAUAGAAGAAAUGUACAUAUAGAAAAUUCUUUUAAAAAAUUAAAUAAUAUAACUUUUGAUAAUGGAUAUAAUAAAGAAAAUAAGAUAUUAUUAUCUUUGAAGGAAAUAUAUAAAUUAAUGGUUGAUAUACAAAAUAAAAACAAAAUUUAUAGAGAUAUAAAAGGAAAUUAUAAUAGUAAUAAUAAUAAGAAGAAGAAUAUACAUGAGAUGAAAAAGAAUUAUUAUAAUAAUCUUAGUAGUUGGAAUAAUUAUUUAUUAUAUGUUCUUAAAAAUGAUAUAAUGGAAAAUUCAUACAAUGUAUCAUAUAUUAUAUUAAUAUUCAUUUUAAUAAAUUAUCAAAAGAAAAUAUUUUAUAUUAUAAAUAUAUAUUAUAAAGAUAUAAAUUGCCAAUAUAAAAAAAAAAAAAAAAAAGAAUCUUAUCAAAAGGAUUACAGUCACAAUAAUAAUUAUUCUUUACAUCUUAUAAAUAAUAUUGUCUUGUUAAAAAAUAAAUUCUCAAAUAACGAAAUCUCCCUUACUUCAAAAAAUUUUAAUUAUAACUUAAAAAUAAAGAAGAAAUAUAUAUAUAAGAAAAAAAAAAAAAAAAAAAAAAAAAAAAGAGUUCCUAAAAGAUUUUGGUUGUAUAUUCAAAAAUUAUUCUUAUAUAAAUGUUAUUUGAUUAAUAAAACUGUAAAUUACAAAUGUGAAAAUAAUAUUUUAUAUAAUCAAAAAAUUAAUUAUUUAUAUAAUAUUAAAAAAAAAAAAAAUUUUCUUUUCAAAAAUUUUAUAUUACAAAAAUUAUUUUGGGUGUAUAAAAUAAAUAAACACAAUAUUCAAAUCAAACAAAAUAAUAAUAAUAAUAAUGAACCGUUUCUUUUUACAAAUAUAUUAUAUGAUAGUAGUAUAAAAUAUAUAUGUAAUAAAUUAUUAUUUAUUUAUUUUUGUUUAAAAAAUUAUCAUCAUUAUAAUGAUUCGUUCGAUAUCAUGAGAACUAAACAUAUUUUUAUGAUGUUAUGGAAUUAUAUAUAUAAUACAGAUUAUUAUAUAAAAUCAAAACAGGUGAAUAAUUCUUUAGAAUAUAUUAUGAAUCUGUACAUAUUUCAUAAUUUAUUAAAAUUACAAGUAUAUAUUAUAAUACAAAUAUCUCAAAUGUUAAUACAAUUUAUAUUAAAAAUAAUAACCUUAUGGAUAAUUAAUAUGAUGAACAAUAUAAUAAUGUACCUUUCUAUUAUUUUUAGAAUGAUUACAAUAUUAAAGAUGUUUUAUAGUACCUUUAUUAUUAAUAUUUUUGUCUUACACAAGGAUAUUAUAUUAUGUGAUCAAUAUGAAAAAUAUAAUGAUAAUAAACAAAUUGUACAUAACGAUAAUUAUUAUAUUAAUAGAAGUAUUAUUUUAUAUAAUUUAUGUAACAUUAAACAAUAUACAAUAAAAAAUUAUAAUAUUAUUAAUCAGUGUAUUCAUAAAUUAUAUAAUAUCAUGGUUAUAAAACAAAAAAAUACCUAUAAUUAUAUUACAAAAAGUUAUUUAUGUGUAUCUUUUUUGAAUCAGCUAUAUUAUAGUAAAACACAAUGUAUUAUGAUAUAUGAGAAAAAUAGAUAUUCCAUAUCACUUGAUCAUCUGUGGAAAAGUAAUAUAAAUAUUUAUUUUAAAAAAAUAUUAUUAUUUUUAUUAUUAUUAUUAUUAUUAUUUUCAUCAUAUAAUAAUUUAAAUAAUACCAAUGUGUUACAAUUAUAUGAUUGUUAUAAAUAUAAUGUGCACAAUAAUUAUUUGUUUAUUUAUUUUAAUACAUUAAUAGUAGCAAGUAUAUUAAAUUUAUUAUAUAUUUUUUAUUAUGUAUGUAUUAACAAAUUCUGUAUUUAUUUAUAUAGAGAUUGUAUUAUUUCUUUUUUCUUAUUAUAUAUAUUUAUAUUAUAUUUAUAUAAAUAUUAUAAUCAUAUAAUAAAAAUACGUGAUAUUUCACGUUUGUCAUAUAUAAUAUAUGUUGUUGUUUUAUUAAUACAUAUUAUGAUGUAUAUAAAAUGCUUAUAUAAUUUAAUAAGAAUUAUAUCACUUGUUAUGUUUUUUUUUGUGUUUAUAAAUACAUCAUUGUCCUAUCCUAAUAUGAAGAUUAAUAAUAUUAUUGCAUAUUAUAAUAAUACAUAUAAUUCUAUUUGUAAAUUUUAUUUAUUAUAUAUUCCUACUAUAUUUAAUAUGUAUAAAUAUUCCUCAUUAUUAAUAUGUAUAUAUUUUAUACAUACAAUAAAUGUUUUUGUGAAUUGUGUUACUUUUAUAUUAUUACAUUUUAUUAUGAUUUUAUCUUUUUCUUUAUUUAUGGACAUGUAUAUAUGUUCCGCCCCUAUAUUAUAUGAUACACAUCUUUCCAAAAAGAAAAUUAUGAAUUUCGAAAAAGAUAGAAGAUACACAUUCGUUUCUUAUAGUAGUUCAUAUGCCUUAAUGAGGACAAUAAAUUUAAUUCACCUUAAUAAAUUAUACAUAUAUGAUAUCUUCAUAAAGCGGAAUUUGGUAGGGUGUCAUGGGUUCACAUUGUUUAUACAUGAAAAACACGAAACGAAUGAUUAUAUUGUGAAUAAUAAUUAUAAUAUAGUAAUAGUAUUAGUAUUAAUAUUAGUAGGAAGAAGGAAUAGGACAAUACAAAUAGAAGAUAGACGUAUUAUUUAUAAGCUCCCUGUUAUUAUAUUAAACCUUCCUUCCAGAAAGAACAAAAUAUAUACAAAUAUAUAUUCCUGUGAAAAACAUUUCAAUACAAAAUUGUAUUGUUUUUUUAUUUUUAAACAACGAAAUAAUAAUGAGAUAGUAGACGGUGUGCAUAAUGAGAAGAGUAAGAAUUAUUAUAUGAACGACCAUGUAAAAUUUGUAAAAAAUAAAAAAUCAUUUUUGAUACAAACAUAUAGUGAUUUGUACCAUUUUAAAAAUUAUAAUGAUAAUAAAAUCUUUAAUAAUAUAUCCUUAUGUUAUAAUAUUAAUUUAGAACAUAGAAUGAAUAAUGUACAAAAAUAUAUCCAUGCAGAUAUGUCAAUACAUUUUAAGAAAAAUUAUAAAAGAGAUAAAGGAAUAAAUCAAUAUAUUUAUAAUUAUAAACACAAUUUUUACUUAAGAGUAUUUAAUUUUCUUUUAAAUUUUAUAAAGAGAACAAAAAAUGUAAUAAACAUAGUCUUGUGUAUCUUUAAAUUGUUAAUAUUGACAAAAGAAAUAUUAGUGUAUUAUAUCCUUAACUUGUUCAUAUAUUAUUAUAUAUGGUUGAAGUGUUAUUUUGUGUUAUACAAUAUUAUUUAUGAGUAUAUAGAGAGAAAGGAUUACAUGUUAAUGGGUCUGUAUAAUAACAGCAAGAGGUUUAAGGAUAAUGAUAAAAAGGAUCUAUUUAAUAAAAAUAUAAAUGAGGAAAAAGAAAGGAAAGCAAAAUUUGUAAGUUGUGCUACAAAUAAUGAGUAUAAUGAUAAUAAUAAUAAUAAUGAUAAUAAUAAUGAUAAUAAUAAUAAUAAUAAUGAUAAUAAUAAUGAUAAUAAUAAUAAUAAUGAUAAUAAUAAUGAUAAUAAUAAUGAUAAUAAUAAUAAUAAUUACAAUAAUAACAAUAAUAACAAUAAUAACAAUAAUAACAAUAACAAUAAUUACAAUAAUAAUAAUAAUGGGGGUGGAGAUCGAAAUGAUGAGAACAAUGAUAAAGAUAAAAAAGAAGAUAAUGAUAAUGAUAAUAUUAAUAAUAUGUUAGAAAAUGAUGAUGGGAAAAAAAAAAGAACUAGAAGGAGAAAGACAAGUGAUAAAAGUAAAACCAUAAAUAAAAUGACAACGGGAAGGAGAGGUAGAAAAUCUACGAGUAUGUUAAAUGCACAUAUUGAUGCAAAUAAUAUUUUAAAAAAUAACUUGUACAAUAUAAAUAAUGGUAAUUAUAUGAAUAAUAUAAAUAACUCCAUAUUGUUAAAUAAUAAUAUGCAAGAAAAUUAUAUGAAUGAUAAUAAGUCAUCAAAUAUGCUUAUGAAUAAUAUCCCUAACAAAAUGAAUAUGAAAAUGAAUGGGCAAAUAAAUAAUGAAAUUAUGAACGAUAUGAUAAAUUAUAAUAUGAAUAAUAACAUGGGUAAUCAUAUGAAUAAUAACAUGGGUAAUCAUAUGAAUAAUAACAUGGGUAAUCAUAUGAAUAAUCAUAUAUCUAACCAUAUGAAUAAUCAUAUAUCUAACCAUAUGAAUAAUCAAUUGAAUAAUAAUAUAUAUGUGAAUAAUCGAGUUGGUAUUGGUUACAUGUCUAAUAGUGUUAAUCAGCAUAAUCAUAUGUCUCCUCAUAUGAAUAAUACAAUAAAUGUACAUAACAAUAAUAAUAAUAAUAAUAACAGCAACAACAACAACAACAACAACAACAACAACAAUAAUAAUAAUAAUAAUAAUAGUAGUAGUGGUAGUAAUUGUGUUAAUAAUACAUUGCGUAAUAAUUUGAUGAAGAAUAACUUUAAUCAAUUUAAUAGGAUGGUAAAUAAUAAUUCAAUCAAUAUACAUACAUCAAGUUCGAAUAUAAAUAAUAAUAUGAAUAAUUAUAAUAUACAUUUAACUCACCAAAAGAUAAACAGUAAUAAUAAUAAUAUUAAUAAUAAUAAUCUUAAUAUGAAUGGCAAAUUGAAUUAUCAUCAAAUGAGUAAUAAAGUUCAUGGUACCGUACCAAUACCUAUGAAUGUUCAUAUGGGUGGUACAUCCAUAAGUAAUAUUAACCAUAUGAAUAAUAUAAACAAUAUGAACAAUAUGAACAAUAUAAACAAUAUGGGAAGUAGUAAUAGGAUGGGCACAAGCCCAAUAAAUCAUCCUAUUCCACAUAAAAAGGGAGGUACACAUAUGAGCAAUCAAAUUACUAGAAACGCAAUGAAUAAAAUGUUAAGUAACCCUAUAAAUGUAGAUAACAAAAUGAAUGUGCUGAACAGAAAAAAUAGUUGUACCGUUAAUUUUAAUAUGAAUAAUCCAAUGGUAUCAAAUAUGAAUAAUUAUAUGAAUUCUAAUAAUAUGAAUAGAAAUUCUCUACCUAAUAAUAUAUGUAGUGGUGGUACUAUAAUGCCAAACGUUAUGAGUAAAGGGAAGAUAAAAGAUACAGCAAUAAAUAACAACUCAUUCAGAAAUAAUAAUAAUAUAAACAAUAUGAACAAUAUGAACAGUAUGAACCAUAUGAACAGUAUGAACCAUAUGAACAGUAUGAACCAUAUGAACAAUGUGAACCAUAUGAACAACAUGAACAAUGUGAAUAGUAUGAUGAAUAAUAGAAUGUCUGAACAAAAUAUUAUAGCAAAUAACAUGAUAAAGACAGAAAUGAGAAAUAAUAAUUUAAUGAAUAUGAAAUUGGUAAAUAGAAAUCAACAUAUGAACAUGAAAUAUGUGAGUGAAAAAUAUCCCAUGAAUACUAAAAUGAUUCAGAAUAAUAAUAUGGUUACUAAUAGAGAUAUGAAUAUUAUAAAUAAUAAUAAUAUUAAUGGUAUUAAUAAUAUGGGUUUUAUAAAUUAUAUGAAUAAAAAUAAUACUUUGAAUAAAAAUAUGAAAAAUAUAAAAACGGAAAAUUAUACUUAUGAUCAUCACUUAUUGAACCAUGAUCCUUUAAGUCCUAUGGAUACAUAUGAUAUACAACACAUGAAUAAUAAUAUAAACAAUAUGAAUAAUAUAAACAAUGUGAAUAAUAUAAACAAUAUAAAUAAUAUAAACAGUAUAAACAAUAUAAACAAUAUGAAUAGUAUUCAUAGUGUCAACACCAAAUUUAUGUUAAACAAACAAGAGGAUGAUAAAACGUUACACCCAAAUUAUCUUAAUAACCAAAACGUUCAAUCAAACACCUAUUAUCAUCAAACAAAAGAAGAAGAAAUAAAUACUUAUAAUAAUACGCAUAGUAGUACUACGAUUAAUAUGAAAAAAAAACAUAAGAAUAGUUUGAAAAAUUCGAAAGAAGAUGAUCUCAAUAAUAAUCAAAAUUUAAGAAGUGUAAAAAUUAACUGGAAUAAAUAUGAUAACUUAUUUAAAAGAAUCCCUUUAGAAAGAAAUUAUGAAGGAUUUAUUUUAGAACAGAAAAAUAUAAAAGAUGAAGAUACUAUUAAUGAUGAGAAAACAUUUAUGUUAGAAAAUAAUGAAGAUAAAGAAGAUGAUGCAAUAUAUUGUGAUUUAUCAAAUAUAAAUUUUAAAACAUUUUUUAAGGAUUAUAAUGAUAUAUUAAAUAAACUUAAUUUAAUAAAAUUAAAUGAUAAAACAAAUUUCAAAAAUAAUUGUUAUUCUCAAUUAUAUGAAGAAAUAUUUUUGAUCAUUGAAAAGUUUUUAGAUAUAUCACACUUGAAGUAUCAUAAUAAUUUUACUCAUACCAAUUUUUAUAAUAAUUGUUUGAAAUAUGCAAUAUAUCAAAAUAAAGAAAAUACUAACUUACAUAAUAUUAAGGAAGAAAAUGUGGAUAAUAAAAAUAUUCAUGGAUUAGAUAUUCAUUUAACUCAUGAAAAUAAUGAAACAAAUAAAGAGGACCAUAAUCAAAAUGAUAAUAAUGAGAAUAAUACUAAGAAAAAUAAUAAUAAUAAUGAUCAUAAUAAUGAUGAUCAUAAUAAUGAUGAUCAUAAUAAUAAUGAUAUUAAAUAUCUUAUAUUCAAAGGGAAAUCCUCCAUUUUUGAUAGUGUGUCCAAAAGUUCAAAUAAUAGCAUAUUUUUUAAAACUCUCUCAAAAAAGAAAAAGGAAUUCAAUGAAUUAUGUGAGAAAAAUAAUAAUUUUGAUUUUGUACCAAGAAAUGUAAACCUUAUACAAGCAAAUGAAAGUAAUAUUAAUAUGUACCCAUCAAAUGCUAGUUCUCUAACCAUUUCGAAAAAUAAUACUUUAAAAAAUAGUGUAGUCAGAAGCCCUUCAAAAGAUGUUAAUGUGGAAACUCCUACGACAUUUGAGAAUAAUAUUGUAAAUAAUAAUAAUAAUAAUAAUAAUAAUGAUAGUAACAAUAAUAAUAAUUAUAAUAAUAACCUAUUUAGUUCCAAAAGAAGCUUGAGCGAAUCAAAAUUAAUUUUUAAUCAAAAUGUUCUUAUCGAAGAGAUCUUAUCAAAGAAAUAUCGAACCUUCUCCAUAAACGAAUUUCUAGAUGUAGAACUAAAUAAUAAUUUGAAAGAAUUAGUUCGUGUGUAUAAAAAGAAUUUAUGUUAUAAUAUAAAAACAUUUUUAAAAAAAAAAAUGAAAGGUUCAAAAAAGAUGUAUCAUCAAAAGAGUUAUUAUGAUACACUUAGCCAUCUUUUUAAACAUAGAAUGACAAGAAAAUUGUUCAAACGAAUAAAACGUAAAUUUUUAAAAACAACAAAAAAACGAAUCAAUAAAAUGAAAAAGAAAAAAUGUAAAAAAAAUAUGAAGAAUGAAGAAAUAAGUAAACAAAAAAAUGGUAAUAUUGUUGAUGAUAGUCUUUUUUUAGAAACAACUGAUCAGAUCGACAAAUGUGAUACUCGAAAUAAAUCGACUGUUGAUGAAAAAAAUGGAAUGGAUGAAUAUCUAGAUGAAGAGGAAAAACCUCUUUUCUCAUUUUGUUCAGGGAGUUCAAGGAAAAAAAAGCAUAUGGAUGAUGAUCGUGAUCUUAUAGAAAGGGGGAUAAUACGAAUUAAAGGAGAAUUUUCUGAAGAUAGUAAUAUAAUCCACAGCAAUAAUAUUACAAGUGAUUCUACACAAAAAGGGAGAAAAAACACGACAUCCAAAAUGAAUAAAUUCGUCGAAGGAAAAUUAAAUUCAAACAUUUGUAGUAAGGAUAAUAAUUAUAUUUUAUAUCAAGUUAAAAUGGAAGAGGACCAAAUGGAUCCUCUUAAGAUUAAUAAUGAUGAUAAUAAAAAUGAUGAUAAUAAUAAUAAUGAUAAUAAUAAUAAUAAUAAUAAUGAUUGUAAUAAUAAUAAUAAUAAUGAUUGUAAUAAUAAUAAUAAUAAUGAUUGUAAUAAUAAUAAUAAUAAUGAUUGUUUAUCGUUAGAUGAAAGAAAGGUGUCUAAUGCAUGUUUAGAAAGCGGUCAACAGAAGGAAUUCAACCAUAUAAAUAUCUCCAAUAAUAACAAUAAUAAUAAUAAUAUUAAUAACAAUAAUAAUAGUAAUAAUAAUAGUAAUAGUAAUGAAUCUCCUUUUAGUAGUAAUGUUAGCAGUAAUAAGACGUCAGGGAAUUAUGAUAUCAAUGUAUAUAUUGAAAAAGAGAGCAUGAAAAUAAAAUAUAGUAUGACAAAAGAUAAAGAUACAACAGAGGAUAAGAAAAAAAAUAAAAAUAAAGAAGAUACACAAAUAAAUGAAAAAUUGUUUAAAUAUUCUUUUUUGAAUUUAUCUCUUUAUAGAUAUAUGAAAAAUCUAGAAAAUCAAAGAAAUAAAAAUACAUGUGAUAAAAUUAAAAAACAACAAAAAAAAAAACAAACUAAUGUAAAAUAUAAAACUAAUGCAAUUAUUGAUUUUGGUGAAAAAAUUGUUUGGGUUUCUUUUGAAUUUAAGAAUUUACAUAUGUUAAAAAAAAUAAAGAAUAAUUUCUUAUGCUCAAAUUAUCUUAAUAAUAUUCAAAAUAUAACAAAAGAACCAGAAGAGAAAUUUGAAAAAUAUAUAACAGAUGAAAUGAAAAAAUAUAAAAAUAUAAAAAUUAAGUUUUAUAAAUUCUUAACAUAUUAUGAUUUUGUUUUCUUAAAAAACCGAUUAAAUUUUAUAAAAAUAACAUAUAAAAAUGAUAAUGAUUAUAUGUUACAAAGGGCUGGGGAAGAAACUAAAUCAGCAAUGGGCAUAAAUAAUGGAUCAACAAAUUUUCAAGAUGAAAAUAAGGAAUUGAAGUUUAAUGAUUCUACAGAUUGUUUGUUAAAUGGAUAUAAAAUGGACGAAUGUAAUAAUAUUAGUAAUAAUAAUAAUAACAACAUUUUAAUUAAUAAAAAUACAAAUAAUGAAAUGUCUGAAAUGAAUAAUGUAACAUUAAAAAGUAAGGUAAAGAAAGAAUCAAAAAGGUUAUUAAAAAGAAACAAAUUAUUUAAUGAUAAUAUAUCUUUAUAUCCAUUAAUUGAUAAAAAGAAAUUAAAUUCGUACAUAGACUUAAAUUUAAAUGUAGAUGUAAAAAAAGAAGAAUUAGAAAAUGGAUGUGAAGAAAAAUUAAAUGACAAAGUAUUAAGUUUUAUUAAUAAAUAUUUAUAUAAAGGUUUAAAAAUAGAUACUAAAAAUGAAUGCUCUAAAAUGGGAAUUUAUGAAAAUUAUGAUAAAAUUAAAAAUAUGACAAUAGGAAUGGAUAAAUCAAAUGAUAGUAUUAUUAUUGACAAUUUCUUAUGGUAUAAUAAUCCAGCGCUUUUUACUAUUUUUGAAAAAUAUUAUUUAUUAUUAAAAAUGCAAAAAUAUAUAUUACAAUAUAAACAUUAUUCAAAAAACAAUCUUAAGAAAAAAAUUAGUUCUGAAUCAAAUUUUGAAAUGUAUUCUAGUUCGACAUCUAUAAACUGUACAUCUUUGAAUAAAUUAAAAGGAAAACGUAGAUGUAUAAGAGUGAAAACAGCUAAUUUUGGAGAAGACGGUUGUUUAUUACCAAAACAUAAUCGAAGGUCAAAUGUAAGUAAUUCCCAUAGAUAUAUGAAUAAUAUUAAUGAAAAGAAGAAAAAAAAAGGAUCAAUUACUAAGCAAGUCACAGAAAAUGAUGAUAAUAAUAAUAUGAAUAAGAAUAAUUAUAAUAAUAACUGUAAUGCAGAUGCUCCUAGUACAGGAUUAGACAUUAACAAUGAAAAUGCAACCACAUUGAUUGACGAAUCACAAAUAGCUGAUAUAAAUAAUAUAAAAUCAGAACCUAUUUUAGAAAAAAAUGAUAAAGAAGAAAAAAAAGGAAAUGAAUCUAUCACACAAGAGAAGAACAAAGAGCAUGGAAGUAUGGAACCAAACAUAAAUAUGGACAUAAAUGUGGACAUAAAUAGGGACAUAAAUAUGGACAAGAAUAAUUCUGGGCUGGUAAGAAAAUUAUGUCAUGCUGAUGAAAAUGUAGAAAAUGCAGAAAAUGUAGAAAAUGCAGAAAAUGCAGAAAAUGCAGAAAAUGUAGAAAAUGCAGAAAAUGCAGAAAAUGCAGAAAAUGCAGAAAAUGCAGAAAAUGUAGACGAACAAAAGAAAGAAAAGGGGGAUGAAGGAAAAGCUAACGAACUUAUAGUAGAAAAGAAACAAAAGGAAGAAGCUGAAGAGGAAGAGGAAGAAGAAGAUGGAGAUGAAAAUUCCGUUUCUUCAAGCAGCACAGUUAAACAACUUGACAACAAUUUAAAUAUAAACGGAGAAGUGUCGAACAACAUCAAAAAGGAAUUACAAAAAGGUAGAAAUACAAGAUUAGGAAAUAAUAAAGUGAAUACAAAAAGAUAUUGUUCAUCACAAGGCACUACACCAAGAGGAGAGAUGAAUUUUCUGGAAGAUACAGAUGAUGAAAACUUAAAAAGAAAAAGAGGAAGGAAAAAAGGAAAAAAGCGAGGUAGAAAAAAGGGAGUAAAGAAUGAAAUAAAAUUAUUAAAUGAAAAUAUUGAUUCUAAAAAAAAUAAAGUAUUAUUUGAAGGAUUAAUAGAAGAAAGUAAUGCUAAGGGAUAUAAUAAAUUAGGAAAUAAGAUAUUAAUGCAAGAUGGAGGAGAAAUGUUAGAUAAUUCAUUAAUAGGAAUUGAUGAAAAGGAAAACGAAUUAUUAUUAAAUGAGUUAGUACCGAUUGAUAAGGAUAUAAUAAUUGAUUUAUUAUGUGAAGAAGAGAAAUUAAUAGAAAGUUAUAUAAAAAAUUCUCGUUUUGUUGAUAAAAAUUUGAUAUGUUUAUUAAUAUAUAUGAAUAAUAUACAAAAGAAAUUAAGUUCUAUAUGUAAUAAUUUAUUGAAAAAAAUAAUGAAAGAAAAUAAAAUGCCUACAAGAUUAUGUGAUAAUAUAGAGAAAAGUAAUGAAAUUACCUAUAAAUAUAUAAUGUUUGAAAGAUGGAAUCAAUUAAGAUAUUCUUUAUUUUAUACCAUAAGUUUAAUGAAUUCAUCUAUACAAUAUAAUCAUAAUCAUAAUAAUAAUAAUAAUAAUAAUCAUCAUCAUUUUCAUAAUAAUGAUAAGAAUAAUAAGAAUAAUAAGAAUAAUAAGAACCAAUUACUAAUUUAUAAUAAAAAUAUUAAUAUUAAUUCCAUAUUUGAUUUACAUGAAUAUUCUUGUAAACAUAAAAAAUAUAAAAUUCCUCCUUUUGAGUAUAGUGUUUUUCUAAAAUAUAAAAUUUAUAAAAAAAAUAAAACAAGCACAAAAAAGGAUGAUCUAAAUGAAAAUAUAAAAGAUUCUACCAUCAAAAAUAUAAGUGAUGAUAUAAACGAUUCUAUAGAUGAAAAACCUAAGGAAGAUAUAAUUCAAAAUUUGGAAGAUAAAAAAAAUAAUUUUGCUAAUGAUGAAGAAAAGUUUUGUGGUUUCUCAAAUAAUAAUGAUUUAAAUAUAACACCUGCUUUUUCAUAUUGUUGUAUAUGUUUUAAUGAUGAUUAUAAUACCAUGCAAAUUAAUGAACAAAAUGAAAAUCAUAAUAACUCAUCCAGAAAUAAUUCAUUACAGAAUAUAACAAAUGAUAAGAAAAAUGAAAAUUUGAAUAAUAAGAUAAAAAGUGGAAAGCAAGAUGAACAAAAAGAACAAGAAGAAAAAGAAGAAAAAGAAGAAAAAAAAGAAAAUAUUAAAAUUAAGGAAAAUAAUAAUUUACAUUUUAAGGAUAAUGUUGAAAAAAUUGAAAGAAAAGAAAAUCAAAAUAAAGAAAAUACAAAUAAUAAGGAUAUUUCACCAAAUAAUGCUAAAAUUUAUAACAAUAAUAAUAAUGAUAAGAAUAAUUUGUAUAAUUAUUGCCAAAAUAAAAAGAACUCCAAUUGUUCUAGUAGUAGUAACGAUGUAGAUAUGAAACUCAUUGAAAGGAAUAUAAAAAAUACACAUAACCUAAUGUUAAAAUGUAGUAGAUGUUAUAUGCAUGUUCAUAAAUUUUGUUAUAUAUCUACAAAAAAGUCAGAUGAAAAUAUUCUUAGUAAUAUUCAAAAUAGUGCAUCGAUUAAUAGUAAUGAAUGGUUAUGUCAGAGAUGUGAAUUUGAAAAGAAAUCUUUGGGUAAUAACUUCUUAUAUAUUUUUGAUACGAAUAUUAAAUGUUAUAUAUGUAUAGAAAGAGGAGGAGCAUUUAUUCAAAUAAAAAAUAAUAUAUUUGUUCAUACUUUCUGUGCAACCUUUUGUGUUCCUGAUUUAUUAGUUAAUAAUAAUGUAAAUUUAGAAAUUUUUAAUGAAUAUUUACAAUUGAAUAAUAUGUCUUUAUCACAAGAAAUUUUUUCAGCUUUUCAAAAAAAAAAAAAACAAAAAAUCAAUCAGAAAAAAAAACAAAGGAAGGAUUAUAUAUCGGUGAAAGAUUCAAACAUAAAACAACUAUAUCAUAAUAAUAAUAAUAAUAAUACAGAGUGUAAUGAUGCCGAACAUGUUUAUUUUAAAAAAAUAAAAGAAAGCGACAAAGAGAUAAAUGAAAAGGAUGAUCAUGCACAUACUAAUGAUAAGAUUCAUGAUGUCCUUCAACAUGAUAAUGAAUGUGAAAAUGAAAAGGAGGCACAUUCAUGCAAAUCCGUUUUUUCUAGUAAUAAUAAAAAUGAAGAAAUAUGUGAACAAAAAUGUGAACAAAAAUGUGAACAAAAAUGUAAAGAGGUAAUGAAAAAGAAAAAAGAAAAUAAGAUCUAUGAUUUCUUUUCAUUUAUUAAAAAAGAUGAUAAGAAGAGAGGAAACGAAUGUGCAAGUACUGUAGAGAAUAUACAAAAAAGAGUAAAACUAGAUAAUAUGGAUGAAAAGAAAAAUGAAGACUAUACAAAUGAUAAUUUAAAUGAUAAUAAAAAUAGUAACACAAAUAAUAAAGAAAAGGAAGAUACAAAUAAUGUUAUGUGUGAUAAUAAUAAUAAUAUAAAUAAAAUGAAGUCUCCUCAAAGUUGUAAUGUUAAAUAUGAUAUUAAUUUAGAUGACGAUCAUGAUAAUGAGAGUUAUACUUCGGAAGCUUCUUCGUUAUCUGUUGUAUCUAGAUAUUCUAUAAAUUCUAUAUCUACUUUGUCAGAUAAAAAUAAUAUGAAACUUUGUAAUAAGGGAAAAGAAAAAAAAGAUAAAAUAAAAAUAGAAGAUACUUAUAAUGAUAUAAAUAAAUAUAUUAAGAAGGACUAUAUUUUAAACGGUUAUUUGAAUGAAGAUGUUAGAUGUGAUGUAUGUUUAAAAAAUAAAGGAAUAUUUAUAAAAUGUCAUAAUAUGAAUUGUGGAAAGUACAUUCAUCCAUUAUGUGCUUAUAUGUGUGGUUUAUUUAUAAAAUGUAAAAAUUCCAAUAAGAAGUUUUUAAAAUUUCAAAAUAAAAUUGAUUAUUGUUUUCCUAGAAUAUUUUUUUAUGUAAAAUGUAUUUUGCAUUCUAUAAAAAAAUACGGAGUUGUAAAUAUAUAUGAUCAAAUAAUUACAAGAAGAACAAAAUAUUUAAAUAGAGAUUUAUAUCCUAAUAUAUAUGAAAAUAAUAAGAAAGAAAGAAAACCUAAAAAUUCAUUAAAAUAUAAUAAAAUACGUAAUAGUAAUAAUAAUAAUAAUAAUAAUAAUAAUAAUAAUAGUAGUAGUAAUAAUUAUUAUUAUUUUAAUGUUAAUAUUAAUAAAAAAAAUGAUAUAUAUGAAAUCUUGGCAUAUAAUUUUAAUCAUUUAGAUUCUUAUCAAUAUAAUUUCUUCUUACUUCCAACGAUUGAUUAUAUGAAAAAUAAUAUAUGUUUAGUAUGUUUUACUUCUUAUAAGAAAAGUGAAUUAGUACAUUGUAAAUAUUGUAAUAUGUGUGUGCACAAAAAUUGUUAUUUAGUAGAUUCAUCAUAUUUAGAAUAUCAGUUUUAUCGAAAGAAAAAAAAUACAUGUACUCUUUUAGUUCAUAAUAAAGAACACAAAAUAGUGAAUCUCAUAUCUCAAAUGAAAGCUAGAAAGGAAUCUGUAUUAUCAUUUUUAUAUGAUCAGAAUGUAGGAAGGAUUAAUAAUUAUACUACAAUAAAUAAUACAACAAAUUCUUAUAUCAAUAAUCAAAGUAGUUAUAGUCAAGUGGUUGAUUCGGAAGGUUUAUUCAUGUCACCAAAUUAUUAUGAAAGAAAAAAAAAAAAAAAAAAUCAUUCAUUUGGAGAUAAUAUUAUUUCAUAUUCAUUAAAUGAGAAUGAAUCAAAUAAUGAUAAAAUUAAAAUCAACAAAAAUGGAAAUAGUUUUCCUAAGGAGGAUUUAUAUGACAAUGGACAGAUUAAUAAUAGUUGUGAUAAUUUUGUUCUUAACAAGGAGGAUAAGGAUAUAAUUAUUGAUAAUAAUAAUAAUAAUAAUAAUAAUAAUGAAGAGAUUUUUCUGAAAAAUUGUAAAAGUGAAAAGUAUAAUUGUGAUAAUGAUAAUUGCCAUAAUAAUAAUAAUGAAUCCAUUAUUAAUCCUUGUGUUGAUAAAAAUAUGGAUGCAAAUUGUAAUAUCGAUAAAUUAUUAAAUAAGAACGAUUCAUAUGAUAAUUUUGGAAAGGGUAAUGAUUUUAAUAGUGGUAAUAAUAUACAUGGAGAUUAUAUGAACUCUAAAGAUAAUUUGAUAUACCAUGAUGAAAAUGUUUCCUUUGAUAUUGAUGAUAAUAAUGAUAAUAAUAUGAAAUAUAGAAAGGAAUUAGAAAAUUCUGAAAUAUUUAAAGAAUUAAUACAUAACGAAAUUAAUAAUUGCCUAUUUACUAAAGAAAAUGAAGAAAAAGUAGAUUUUGUUAAUAAAUUAAGAGAUUUUUUUCGAAAUGAUAAAACUUAUGAAUCAUUAAAAAAAUGUACUAGUGAAGAAGAAAAAUGUGUAACCGAUAUAGAUGAUGUAUAUGAAAAGAAAUUAUUUGUUUGUGAUUUGUGUGCUAAUAAUUAUAACUAUGAAAAUGUUAAUUGUAUAUUAUGUAGUAGAAAAGGUGGUGCUUUGAAAAUGGUAAAAAUUAAUGAUUAUAUAAAAAUCGAUAAAACCAAAAAUAAAAAAAAUAGUUUUAUGAAAAAUGAAAGAGAUUAUGUAUUUGUACAUAUGCAAUGUGCAUUAUAUACACCUCAAGUUGUUAUUCAAGAUAUAAAUGAGGAAUAUUAUCAAAUAUAUAAUUAUGAUAAUAUUAAUAUAAAUAAUUUAAAUGAAAAAGAAUUAAUGAAAAAAAAACAUUAUGAAUCAGAUACAGAGUUACAAUAUUUAAAUGUAGAAUAUAAUCAAGAUGAAAAACAAAGUUUAUUAAAUGAAUUCUAUUAUAAACAAUUCUGUAAUAAUAUAGGACAAAUGAAAAAUAUAAAAAAAGGUAUUGAUAAGAGAAAUUCGCUACCUAUAAGAAACACACACAAAUUGUAUGAUCUGCCUGAAUAUGAGCAAAUUUAUCCUCUUGACAAUAUGAACAAUAUGAACAAUAUGAACAAUAAUUAUAAUGUCAGUAGUUGUAAUAAUAUUUAUAAAAAAGUUUUUUUCAAUUUUAAAAGAAAAAAAUCAGAUAAUAAAGAAAAAGAAGAAGAAGAAGAAGAAGUAGCAAAUAUUAAAAUAAACGAUUUUAAUAAUGAUCAAGGGGAAAAUAAAAAUAAAACUGAAUUCAAUUUGGUAAAUAAUCAUGAAAUAAACACAGAUCAAAACGAUAAUAAUCAAGUGUAUGAUAACCAAAAUAAUGAUGAGUCCAAAAAUUCUAAUCAUGAUCAUAUUUUAGAAAAUAAUCAAGGUAACGAUAUAACAAAUUCAGUAGCAUUAACUACUGUUGAAGAUAUAUGUGAAAAAGGUAACCAAACAUUAAACAACAAUUUGGAAAUAAAAAAAGAGGAAUCUAGUUUUUCAAACAAAGUAACAAAUGAAAACAUAAAAAUUAUAAAUGUUAAUAGUUAUAACAAAUGGAAAAGUGGAAGAUUUUCUGUAUAUAACAAUAUUUGUUUCAAUAAUAAAAUGAAAAUAAAUAAAAGAGGAACAAUUGGAACAACAACAGGAAUAAGUGGAUAUCAUGGAAAUCAUUUAAAUGUAAACAAAUUUAUUAAUAAAAAGUUAAAGAAAAAUAAAGAAUAUAUAUCAUCAACAUAUAAUGAUAAUAAAAAUAAUUAUAAGAAUUUAAAUAAUAUAAAUAAAAAAAUAUUAUAUAAUAGAAGAAAUACCAAUUUAUAUUAUUAUAAUUUGAACAGGAAAAAAAAUAAUUAUAAAAUUAUUAUAAAAGAUAGAAUAAAAAAAUAUUUAAAUAAAAAUACUUGUUAUAUUUGUAAUUUAUCAUAUGGAUAUACACAAAAAUGUGUAGAAAAUACAUGUACACAUUACUUUCAUAUAUCAUGUGCACGUAUACAUAAAUUAUUUUUUGAAUUUGAUUAUAACUUUUUAAAAACACAUCCAGAUAGUACUACAACAGAUUUAUCUAAAAUACCGAAUUCUAUGAUUUUCUGUGAAGAUCAUUCAAAAAUAAGAAGACGUGUAAAACCAUCCAUAAAAUUAUUUUCGAAAUUAAGGUCAUUUCUAGAGCUUGCUCGUAUUAUUGUAGAUCAAAUGAAAAAAAGAGAGGAUAUCAAAAAUUCGUGGAUAACAGAUAAGUAUAAAAAUGCUCUAUAUAAUAAUGAUAUGUUAUAUGAUGAAGAAAAUGAUAUCACUUCAUCGGCCCUCUAUAAUGAUGAUAAUAAUAUGGAAAUUGUUAACUUACACAAUGAUAGUAAUUAUUAUAAUUAUGACGAUGAUGAUGAUGAUAAUAAUAAUGAUGAUAGUAUUGAUCAUAAUAAUGAAGAUUAUGAAUAUGAAGAAAAUGAUCCUUAUUGUGAACAAAAAUACGCAUAUACCACAUCAAAAGAUCAUUAUAAUAAUGAUGAUGAUAUAUCAUUAGUACGAAACAACAAAAGGAGGAAUAGACGUUUGUUGAAUAAUGUUCCAAAUGAUCAUAUAAAAAAUGAAUUGAACAUAAAUUAUACUAAUGAAAUGUCCUCUCAUAAUAUGAGGGAGAAAUCACACAAUCUAAUGUUUCCUUCAAAUAGUAAUGAUAAGGACAAAAUUUCCUUUUUGGUAUCAAACGAAGGCGGAGCAGUAAAUAAUGAUGAACAUGAAAAAGAAAAUGAUUUUAUAAAUUUUAAAACGGAACAAGAAAGUAUGAAUGAAAAUAAUGAAAAUAAUGAAGAAAAUGAAAAUAAUGAAGAAAAUGAAGAAAAUGAAAAUAAUGAAAAUAAUGAAAAUAAUGAAAAUAAUGAAGAAAUCAAAGAAAAGGAACCUAAUACCUUUUAUAAUUCGGUACAAGAUGAUAAUGUAAAAGCAGAGGAUUACAAGGAUGAAAAUAAUGACAAUGAUGGUGAUAUUUAG